UGCGCAAUUCGGAAUACUUCAUGGAAUCCAAGUCCAUUUUUAUUCUCGUUUUAAGCGAAAAACAAAACACUGAAACACGUGUCACUGAAACACGUUCAAUGAAUCAGCUCCCGUUAAAUUGAACGAGUAACGUUACACACAAACACAAUCAACUAUGUAUUUUCGUCGCGCCUUAUGGUCAACAUAUACAAGUUUCAAAAAACUGGCGUAUAGGCCAUUUGAUUGGCUGUCAGAUGUAUACGGAAGUACCUUUCGUCCAAUUAAAAAUUAUUACUAUUUGGCGCCAUGGUUCUCCGCUAGAUGGCGAUAAAACCACGUGGGGGUCAAACUAUCACGGAAAGACACUUGAAAGUAACACAAGAGGUUAUCACUGAAGUUGAACAACGUGGCAUUUUGAAAGAAUAUAAUAUUUGUAAAAAAAAAAAUGUAUGAUUUUGAGUCAUUUCAGUCCUGCGACACAGAUGACCAAAAACUGGAGAAUGAGUCAGUGAACCAAGCCAUCGUGGAGAAUCCAGUGACUUUUCAUUGUGGACGAUGCAACACCGUGUGGGCUGAUUCCCGAGGGAUCUGUGGAGAAGCAACAUCGGUCAACUCUCUCAUUUGUCUUGAGGUAACCCAAGAUGUGAUCAUCAAUAGUGAAUGUGAGUGGAGCCUGGAUGGUCUGUUCAGUGCAUGUGUGUACAACACUCUCCAAUGCGCCGGCUGUCUCUGCCUCGUGGGUGUAAUUCUCUACUCAACACCAGAGCACCUGUCUGCUCUGCGCAACCUCUUUCUCCUCAAUAAAGACCAGAUGUAUUGUUAUAUUUUCAGCACUGGCCAAAUGGUGAAAGCCUCGACACUCGACUUUAGUGUAGCACCAUUAGGAGAACGUUUAAGUGAGUCUGUUCUUCCUGCUGACCCCCCCAACCCUGUCUCGUCUGUUCUUCCUGUCAGCUGAGACAACUGAUCCAAGAAACGGAAAGUCACCUUAGCAAUGUGUCAGCAGUGAUGGAUGACACCCGCACGAAUGAAGGAACCUCCUCUGUCCAGUAGUCAAGCUGAUCCCACCUGGGUCAUGUUCAUAAGGGCACGUUAUAGCAAAACGUUUUAAAAACAGAAAAUGUGCGUUUUUCAAGUAUUUUCGUUCGUUUCUGUGCCUAAUGAACACGGAAGAGCCUGUUCUGUUUGACAAUCCUCCGUCAACUGCACUUUAUUCUCUAGUUCCAUGUUUUUAAAGGGCCUUUUCGUAGCCUGGGUACCAGUCUGUUUGUGCCAUCAUGCCACUCCUUUUGUUACGCCCCAAAAAAAAAACAGUUCUGAAUAAUUUGGACUAAAUAGGACAUUCCUGUGUUGUAUUCCAAUGAAAAUGUAGAGUGAAAAUGAGUUCCCUCCUUGAGAUGUUGAAAAGUAGCUACCUCGUAUUCUACUGUUCGCCUCAAUAGUUUAUGCUCAAUGGAAAUACUUUAGUUAACAUUGAUAAUGUGAAGCUCCACAUAGAUGAGACAUGGCACUGUGUGUUCAGGUAUUAAAACAUCUGUAAACUAAUAAAACAUCUUUUAAAUUUGCAUACUUCUAU